CGUACUUUAUGGAGCUGCUGAGAUUGUGCUGAGAGAUCUAGAGUCCAUUGUCAAUUCCGUCAACGCGUUCAAUUUGUCAUGUGACAGUGUGACACGCGCUUCGAGGAUCUAUAUCAUCAACGCUACCCGAAUCAUCGAAUAUUCUGGCCAAUAGCGUUCUUACGUAUAAAAAUAUUUCGAAUAGAGCACGAUGACUGAAAAAAGAAGCGAUUACCUCGACUGGGAAGAGUAUUUCAUGGCGCUUGCUUUUCUCGCUGCGAAACGUAGCAAAGACCCGGUUACACAAGUUGGUGCUUGUAUCGUAGAUCCGGACAAACGUAUAAUCAGUUUGGGUUACAACGGGAUGCCAAGGGGUUGCAGCGACGACCUGUUUCCUUGGGGCAAGAGCACUACAGACUCUGAAAUGGAUUCAAAAUUUUUAUACGUGUGUCACGCAGAGGUCAAUGCUAUAUUGAACAGAAAUUCCUCAGACGUCCGAGGUUGCACGAUCUACGUUGCCUUGUUUCCGUGUAACGAAUGUGCCAAAAUAAUCAUACAAUCGGGUAUCCGAACGAUUGUUUACUUGUCCGAUGAAAAUUCUUACAAGGAAACGACCAAAGCAGCCAAAAAAAUGUUCGAAGCGGCUGGUGUUGAAUAUCGGCAAUACCUACCAAAGAAUGAGAGCAUCGUCAUCAAUUUUCGAGGUAUGAAUUGGAACGAUAUGAAUCAAUUGCCAACAACGCCAUCGAAAAAAUCAUUCGACAUUUGAAAUAAAAAGGGGAAUAUAGAAAUAAAUCUUUCUAGACCGAACCGUGUUAUAUGUUUGCGGUUAACCUUCUCAUAAGAUGCUUAAUGACGAUCGCGAGUCGGACCAGUGUCCUCUCUCGUACGUGCACGUGUCGUUGCUUUACAACCUUCGAAGAAAGGUUCAAUUUGUAUCAACGUUGUUUCAAUCCUUUAUAUUUGUGACGGUUUUUAUGAUGCAAGUUCGAAUUGAUAAUCGACGAUUUUAUUGGACGCUAUUUGUUUUACAAGUGACUCCGCACGAAUCAGUUAUAUAAAUAAUAUUCGCUAUUAUUAACGCGUCGGCAGCCAUAUAAAUACGGAAAAAGAGGAGCAAGAGAAGUUAUAUGAAAGAUUAUCUUGCGCAUAUCAUUUCGCGUAGAUUUAUCAUGAAAUUUCUUUAUUAUUCGACAUGGGGGGGAUCUGAGAGGUUUAUCGUGAGAAAUAGCAUUUUUCGAUUUUCAAUUAAUCAAAAGUUGAUACUCACGGGUACGGCUUCCCAAUAGAAUUGUACCAGUGGCUUAAUAAACAAGAUUUUUUUCACUAUUA